AUGAUCAUCACUCAACCCUUCUUCUUCAACAUUUCGCCUGAAAAUGUCCAAAUCCCUCAACUUUACUAUCAACCACAAAAUCAUGGAUUCUGUACCCAACCCUCUUCAUUUCAAGAUUGGGGUUUCCAUGUUGAACCCAAACAGGCUCCUCUAGUUCUUGACGGAAUCGCUGCGGUAGUAGGAGAACACAUUCUGUUCGGGAAAAGUGGUGGCCCCGGUUCUGACAACAUCCCGGAGGCUGCAUGCAACGGCGGCGGCGAUGGAGCUGAGAAAUCUAAUAAUAAGAAGUAUAAUUCAUCCAGGGGGAGGAAGAAGAACAAACAAAAGGGUGAUGACCAUUUUGGUAGCAAGAAAAAAUGUGAUGUGGUGACCUCUCUUUCUCUUCUGUUUAGCCCUAGUACGAACAAUGGAGCUUAUCAUGUUAAGAGAAAUGAAGAAGCUUAUAAAGGGGUUUCGAAUUUGGAGCUUGAUUUGAAGUUGGGUGAUGCUUAUUUCGGUGACAAAUCUAGUUGGCCUUGUUUUGUUUAG